UACGUGGAAAUCCAAUCAUCAAACGGUAUUUACAUCAUGAAUCCUAAAACAUCACUCACACUCACAUACUCUCUUUAUGACAUUCUAUAUAAACUCAUUUGAUUUCCCUCCCCAACACAAAUCUCAUUUCUCUCCUCUUCUUCUUCCUCUCUCUUUCACCAUCUUCUUCUAAAAAUGGGCACCAUUAGCAUUACCAAUUUCAUUCCGUUCUUUCUAUCACUGCUGCUAGUGAUAGCAGUAGAAUCAUCAAGAAUCCCAUUUGCUUGUAACCCGAGAGAUUCAAACACAAAAAACUAUCCAUUUUGUAAAACAAAUCUACCCAUACAGUACAGAGUUAGAGAUUUCAUUGGACGUUUAACAUUACAUGAAAAGGUAGGACUAUUGGUUAAUAACGCUGCUCCUGUUCCUAGACUUGGUAUUCAAGGUUAUGAAUGGUGGUCUGAAGCUCUUCAUGGUGUCUCUAAUGUUGGCCCUGGUACUAAAUUUACUCCUCAAUUCUCUGCUGCUACUAGUUUCCCACAGGUCAUUACUACUGCUGCUUCUUUCAAUCAGUCCCUCUGGGAGGAAAUCGGAAAGGUAGUGUCAGAUGAAGCAAGAGCAAUGUACAAUGGAGGGAAUGCCGGGCUCACAUUUUGGAGUCCUAACGUGAAUGUAUUUAGAGACCCAAGAUGGGGAAGAGGACAGGAAACGCCCGGUGAAGACCCAGUUAUAGCUGGUAAAUAUGCAGCAAGAUAUGUAAGAGGUUUACAGGGUAACGACGGCAACAAGUUGAAAGUUGCAGCUUGUUGCAAACAUUACACAGCUUAUGAUCUUGACAAUUGGAAUGGUGUUGAUCGUUUCCAUUUCAAUGCUAAGGUAAGCAAGCAGGAUUUGGCGGAUACAUUUGAUGUGCCAUUCAGAACAUGUGUAAUGGAAGGAAAAGUUGCUAGCGUCAUGUGUUCAUACAAUCAAGUCAAUGGAAUUCCAACUUGCGCUGACCCAAAUCUUCUUCGUGGUACAAUCAGAGGUGAAUGGAAGCUCAAUGGGUAUAUUGUCUCAGACUGUGACUCGGUUGGUGUUUUCUAUGAUAACCAACACUACACUGCUACACCAGAAGAGGCUGCUGCUGCUGCCAUUAAAGCAGGACUAGAUUUGGAUUGUGGGCCAUUCUUGGCAGUGCAUACUGAGUCAGCCAUCAGAGGAGGGAAAUUGAGUGAGUCAGAUGUAAACAAUGCCUUGAUCAAUACAGUUACAGUACAAAUGAGACUUGGAAUGUUUGAUGGGGAGCCAAGAAAUCAGCCAUUCGGUCACUUAGGGCCACAUAUCGUGUGCAGGCCAGAUCACGAUCACCUUGCCUUAGAAGCAGCUAGACAAGGCAUUGUUCUGUUGAAGAAUCGUGGGCGAUUACCGCUGUCGCCUCAGCGUCACCGUACUAUUGCAGUCAUCGGGCCUAAUUCUGAUGUUACUACAACAAUGAUUGGAAAUUAUGCUGGUAUUGCAUGUGGAUAUACUACGCCGGUACAAGGGAUAGCCAGAUAUGUUAAAACCAUUCAUGAAAAAGGUUGUGCUAAUGUGGCUUGUAAAGGGAGAGAGUUGUUCGGUGCUGCCGAGAAUGCUGCUCGUCAAGCUGAUGCAACUGUUUUAGUAAUGGGGCUUGAUCAAUCGAUUGAGGCUGAGUUUUUGGAUAGAACAGAUUUGUUUCUCCCUGGGCACCAGCAAGAGUUGAUUUCCAGAGUUGCCAUGGCUUCUAAAGGUCCUACAAUUCUUGUUCUCAUGUCUGGUGGACCUCUGGAAAUAACUUUUGCCAAAAACGAUCCACAUAUAGCUGGUAUCUUCUGGGUUGGUUAUCCUGGCCAAUCUGGUGGUACCGCCAUCGCCGAUGUCAUUUUCGGACAAACCAAUCCAGGAGGAAAACUUCCAAUGACAUGGUACCCUCAAGAUUACCUAGCUAAAGUUCCAAUGACAAAUAUGGGUUUAAGGGCAGACCCAGCAAGAGGUUACCCAGGAAGAACUUACAGAUUUUACAAAGGACCAGUUGUGUACCCAUUCGGGCAUGGAUUGAGCUACACCAGUUUUGUUCAUACCAUUUCUAAAGCCCCAGCAAUGUUAGCAGUACCUCUUGGUGGUAGACAUGCUACUUCUUCCAACACCACAACAUUAUUGAACAAUGCCGUGAAAGUUACCCACGCAAAAUGUGACCGUCUUUCUGUCGGACUACACGUGAACGUUAAAAACACUGGUGAAAGAGAUGGAUCCCACACAUUACUCGUCUACUCAACGCCACCAGCCGGCCAUUUUGCUCCUGAAAAACAAUUAGUUGCUUUCGAAAGAGUUCAUGUUCCUGCUAACUCUGAACAACAAGUUAGAAUUGGUAUACAUAUUUGCAAGUAUCUCAGUAUCGUCGAUAAAUAUGGUAUCAGAAGAAUUCCAAUGGGAGAACAUCACAUCCAUGUAGGUGAUGUUAAGCAUUCUAUUAAUCUUCAUGUUGAUGCUCUAGGAGAAAUCAAAUCAUAGAGCUAGAGAUGCCAGAUACGGUUGGACGAACACGCCAACGUGCUUUUGUCAAUAUACCAUUCAUGUCCUUGCCUCAAGGACUCAUAGCCUUCAUUAUAUAAAGGGAGUGAAAUAUGAAAAAGGAAAGGGACGCAAGUCUUUUUUCUUCUACCUGAUUUCAAAUUUUUAGAUAUAUGUAAAAAAAAAAAAGGUUCAAAGAUGGAAAAAAUUAUACUCCAUUUUUGUCUUAUAUUUAAUUAUUAUUAAGCUCCACUUAAUUAGGAGCAUGUAAUUGUAUCAUUAUUCAUAGUUAGGGUUUGGAAAAACUCUACAUAAUAACAAGAAGAAACAAGAUUUGAAGUUCA